ACCUAAUGGAAUUUCUGAGAAAUUCAGAAGGAAAUUUACUUGACUUUCUACACUUUAAUCUUUUUCUCUAACCUUGUUAUCAUUUUCAUUUCCCUUUUGCUUUGAAGGUAAUAAUGGGCAGGAAAAUCAAGAUUCCUGUGAACUGUUCCAAGUGAUCAAUGCUAAAGAUGGAACGGAGAAGUUUGGAAUUCGAAUGGAAUUUGAAAGCCACGAGAGAAACCAGUCAAAGAAUUGGAAUCAGGAAGGCUCAUCUUCCAGUGAUGCUCCGAUGCAAGACUUUCUUGCCCAAGAAGGGAAAAUAAGGAAAAAAUAUACUGGAAAAAGUAUGAAGCUAAUCAAAGUGGAAGUACAAGUAAAUGAACACUAUUUAACCCAAAACAAAAGAGAAGAUGCUAUAAGAAGACACAACAGACAAAAUUACAAUGGGACAUUCAUUAUUCCUCUUGGGAAUAACUUUCUUAUAUCUCAAAAAGCGAUUGACACAAAAGAGAAGACUUAUAAAUGUUUGGAAUGUGGAAAAUAUAUUACAACAAGCAUUCAACUUACUAUCCAUAAAAGGAUCCACACAAAGAAGAAACCAUAUAAAUGCAUGGAGUGUGGAAUGAUGUUUACUGAUGGCAGUGGACUUACUAUCCAUAAAAGGGUCCACAGAGGAGAGAAACCAUUUAAAUGCACGGAGUGUGGAAAGACCUUUGCUCGAAGAGCUUAUCUUAUUUCCCAUAAGAUGAUCCACACAGGGGAGAAGCCGUUUAAAUGCAUGGAGUGUGGAAAGACCUUUGCUCGAAGAGCUUAUCUUAUUUCCCAUAAGAUUAUCCACACAGGCGAGAAGCCAUUUAAAUGCUUGGAAUGUGGAAAGACAUUUACCCAUGGCAGUGGACUUAGAGACCAUAAAAAGCUCCACACAGGAGAGGAACCAUAUAAAUGCAUGGAGUGUGGAAAGAGAUUUUCUCGUCGCAGUGGACUUAGAAGCCACAGAAAGCUCCACACAGGGGAGAAGCCAUAUAAAUGCAUGGAGUGUGGAAAGACCUUUGCUCAUAGCACUACACUUACUUCCCAUAACAUGAUCCACACAGGGGAGAAACCAUUUAAAUGCAUGGAGUGUGGAAAAACCUUUGCUCGAAGAGAUCAGUUUAUUUCCCAUGAAAGGAUCCACUCAGGAGAGAAACCAUAUAAAUGCAUGGAGUGUGGAAAGACCUUUGCUCAAAGAGGUAAUCUUAUUUCCCAUAAGAGGAUCCACACCGGGGAGAAGCCAUUUAAAUGCUUGGAGUGUGGAAAGACCUUUGCUUGGAGCAGGAGCCUUAGAAUCCACAAAAUGAUCCACACAGGGAAGAAACCAUAUAAAUGCAUGGAGUGUGGAAAGACCUUUGCUCGAAGAGCUUAUCUUAUUUCCCAUAAGAUGAUCCACUCAGGGGAGAAGCCGUUUAAAUGCAUGGAGUGUGGAAAGACCUUUGCUCGAAGAGCUUAUCUUAUUUCCCAUAAGAGGAUCCACACAGGGGAGAAGCCAUUUAAAUGCUUGGAAUGUGGAAAGACAUUUACCCAUGGCAGUGGACUUACAGACCAUAAAAAGCUCCACACAGGAGAGGAACCAUUUAAAUGCAUGGAGUGUGGAAAGACCUUUGUUCAUAGUAGUGGCCUUAGAAGCCACAAAAAGCUCCACUCAGGAGAGAAACCAUAUAAAUGCAUGGAGUGUGAAAAGACGUUUACGCGUGGCAGUGAUCUUAAAAGGCAUAAAAAGAUCCACGCAGGAGAGAAACCAUUUAAAUGUACGGACUAUGGAAAUUCCUUUGAUCGUAGAUAUACACUUAUUUCCCAUACAAUGAUCCACAUGAAAGAAGCCAUAUAA